UUGAGCACACAGGAGGAAGAGGAGAGGGGGGCGAGAGCAGCGUGUUCUAGCAAGCUGUGAAACAAGGCCGUCAGACUGUAUGGAUAGGGGGCUGACUGCACACUGGGCAGACCAUCCAGAAACUCUCCUAAUCCAUAAACGUUCUCCUACAUCGACACCGAGAUCAGCCUUCCACCCAUAGACUUUCCGACCAGCACACCCAAAGUCAUGGUGAAAAGUUAUUCUGUUUCAGAGUGCCUGUGCUUGUUUUUAGUAAACUUUCGUUAUGUUUUGGUCCAGUGGAAUCUCUGAAACAUCUGCUGAUAUUUAAGUUUGGCUUAUUUUUGAGGGUCGAUAGGUUUGUGACGGUUACCCAGAGACAAUGAACUGGAGACAUUAAAACGAUUCUUGACUUAGCCGGGACAUCUUUGGUAUAACACGAGUAUUGGAUAAACGACUUGAAUUCAUCCACCUUUCUUCUCCUUGACCCAUAAGCUGCAUCGUAACAUGGGGGACCAAUGGAUCUGGAUUGUGUUGCUGGGUCUCCAUUUCCUACAUGAGGCUGUGUCUAUGUCUACCUGUAAGACUGUGGAUAUGGAGAAAGUAAAGAAAAGAAGAAUUGAAGCCAUCAGGGGGCAAAUCCUAAGCAAACUAAAGCUGACCAAAGCCCCCGAGGUGGAAAGCGAGGACAUGACAGUUCCAGAUGAAAUAUUCUCCAUUUACAACAGCACGGUGGAGACAAUCAGGGAAAAUGCAGAAAAAGAAGAUCGAUUAGGGCACAUUCACAGCGAGGAGGAAUAUUAUGGAAAAGAAGUUCAAAAGAUUCUGAUGCACAUCAAUAAAAAUGAGGACAAUCGCCAACCAAAUAUCAAAUACAUCAUUCCAUUUAAUGCAUCACGAGUACGGGAGAUUGUGCAGAACCCAAGCCUGCUCCACCAGGCAGAGCUGCGUAUGUUCAGAAAAAAGACUGAUAAAAUGAACGAAACUGUGGAAACACGAGUGGAACUCUAUAAGGUUCUACAGCAGAGAAACAAGUCCUCUCGGUACUUGGACAGUAAGUUUGUGUGGCCUGGAAAACUCUCAGAGUGGCUCUCAUUUGAUGUGACAGAAACUGUGAAGGAAUGGAUAAACGAUAAAGAGGAGUACGAACACUUCAGAUUACGUGUGGCUUGUCCGUGUGAGGAAAAUGCCAACAAUAUAAUACCUGACAUUGACGGAUUUUAUGAACAUCGUGGAGAUAUGGCAGACCUAGUGAUGGAGUCGUCAUACUUUCCUUAUCUACUCAUUACAUACAUCCCUGCAGAACGAAUGGAGACUGGGCACAGCUCAAGGAGGAAGAGGGCGUUAGAUGAAGAAUACUGUCGCUCAAAUACCGGCUCAAACUGCUGCGUAAAACCUCUGUUCAUAAACUUCCGUAAGGACCUGGGCUGGAAAUGGAUUCAUGAACCUAAAGGAUACAAUGCCAACUAUUGUCUAGGAAACUGUCCUUUUAUCUGGGGCAUGGACACGCAAUACAGCAAGGUACUCUCCCUCUAUAACCAAAACAAUCCCGAAGCCUCUAUAUCUCCAUGCUGUGUUCCCGAUGUGCUGGAUCCUCUCCCCAUUAUAUAUUACUAUGGUCGUCAAGCCAGGGUUGAGAAACUGUCAAACAUGGUGGUAAAGUCCUGUCAAUGCAGCUGAGGUUUACAGAUUGGACUCAAAGGAAUUAAAUGGCUCCCCUUUGGGCAGUGCAGCUGCCGCUGCUGGGGAGAGAUCGUUAUACCCCCAUUAGUUCCUUCACCCAAGGAGAUUCCCAUUCACAGAGCCAUUGUAUCCCCGUUGUUUAUAAAUCCUCCCUGAUAUCGGCAACGAGUGUACGGAGUAUGGAGCCCCAACUACUGCACCCCCCACCCCCGCUCCAGGAAGUAAAACAAGAUGCUGUAUCACCUCUGAAAUCUACAGUGUUUUUAGAACUCUACUUCCUGCAAAGUUCAAUUUUAAUCCAUAUCCUCCGCACGGUUCUCCAGGAAAUUCAAGGCGCGGAAGUCUGUGCUUCAAAACUGUUAUCUGUACACAGAAUAAGCAAAUAUGCAAUUAGCUUGUCACAAAACAUCUACCCAUCUACACAGCAUAUACCCCAUCCACAAAGCAACUACCCAUCUACACAGCAUAUACCCCUCCACAAAGCAACUACCCAUCUACACAGCAUAUACCCCUCCACAAAGCAAAUACCCAUCUACACAGCAUAUACCCCUCCA